AUGGCGAUGCCUUCUGCUGAAGUGAACGCAGCAUCUGUGACGACCAUCCCCAACUCCAUGUGGAAGUCUCUGCCUCUCAUUGAAGAAGGAUCACUCGUCAUUCUUUUCGAGACGCACAACUCGCUCACUUACUGCUACGCACAGCGGGGCGCCAUUUACCAGAAUCGUCAUGGUGCCUUCUACCACAACGACAUGAUCGGCCAACCGUUCGGCUCCAAGAUUAUCUCGAGGAAGAAGAAUGCGCACGGAUAUCUCAUACUGCUGGCGCCGACGCCCGAGCUCUGGAGCCGCGCUUUGCGGCACCGUACGCAGAUCGUCUUCACAUUGGAUGCCAGCGCUAUCAUGUUCGCGGCUGGGCUGCGCUCAGGUUCACGCGUUGUCGAGUCCGGUACAGGCAGCGGAGCACUCACCACCAGUUUUGCACGCACUGUGGCACCUCACGGCCACGUUUUCACGUUCGAGUUCAAUGCACACAGAGCGGAGAUCGCUCGUGAAGAGUUCAAGCGCAACGGCCUGGAGAGCGUCAUCACAGUGGACUGCAGAGACGCAUGCGAGCAAGGAUUCCCCGUGGAGCUCGAGGGCACUAUUGACAUGGUCUUUUUAGACUUGCCAAGUCCGUGGAAAGCGGUGGGUCAUGCUGCUAAAAUGCUGAAGCAAGGAGGAUUCUUCGCGUCCUACUCACCUUGUAUCGAACAAGUGCAGAAGACAUGCGGGGCACUGCGAAGCGCUAAUUUCGAGUUGAUUCGUACGAUUGAGACAAGAUUGGUGCCGUACAACUCCCGACGGAUUGAUCUGCCCGUUCCAGACUUUGGAUUCGGUAAGAAGGUGAAGAAAGAGAAUGGUGCUGCUGCUUCGGCAGUAAACGAGAAAAAGGAUGAAGACAAACCCAAGACGGAGGAAGAAAAAGAAAAUAAACGCAUGAAAAACGGCGGCCGCAAGCGCAAGUAUGUGCCUGGUGGGGUGGGUGAGCACGUUGUGGCAAAGAAGGACGACGAGAUCCGCGGACACACGGCGUAUCUGACGUUCGCGACCACGUUUCUAGAGUAA